AUGGUGAGGUGGAUCGCUGGAAUCAACCCUGAGAGCUUCGUGGUGAUUGAGGCCGGGGUACAGCGACCGAUCGAACCUGUCAAGCGCUGCCGGGUGUCGAACUUUGAGCUUCGGAUCACAAGAUGCUAUUUGCUGGCACCAGCACCGGUUAUUCUGGGCAUGACACUGGCCGCCGCCAACCGACCAGUUGUUGACUUCAAUGAUGAAGUUAUCGGGGCCAAAGCUGGUGUCAGAGAGGAAGAAGAGACCGAUAAGGAGGGGCCCCCAGCCGCAAGUAUGCUUGUGCAUUUGGACAAUAUCGCCAUGCACAAACGAGCUCCGGUUCAACAGGCCAUUGCGGACAUCCGCAUGGAAAUGAAACAUCUGUUUCGGUCGUACCUCAAGGCUCGGGGCUUCAAGGAAUUCGAACCACCCUCUCUGUUGGCGCAGCAUCUGAAGGUGGCAGCAAUGUUUUCCGAGGCUUUCCUUGCUCAGUCGCCGCAGUUCUACAAACAAUUCGAGAUUGCUGGGGGGAGAAAACGCGUGUUCAGCAUCGCACCAGUUUUCCGCGCUGAGAAUUCCAACACUCCCCGUCACAUGACUGAAUUUACGGGCCUCGAUCUCGAAAUGGAAAUUCGUCACGACUACAGUGAGGUUCUCUAUCUUCUGGAAGGGGUUCUUCUUUAUAUAUUCCGCCAAGUCCACCGGAUUUUCAAGGACGAGAUUGAACUCGUCCGCUCCCUCUACCCGUCUAGCGAGAUACUUUUGCCCGAACCUGGCCAGAAGGUUCGCCUAACGUUUACACAGGCUCAACAACUUCUUCGCGAGGAAGGGCCGGCGGAGUUCCGUCAUGUGCGCGAUGACGAGGAUAUGACUACACCACAGGAGAAGGCACUCGGCGCCUUGGUGAGGCAGAAGUUCAAUACGGACUUUUACGUCGUCGACAAGUUUCCCGAAACUGCCAGGCCGUUCUACGCAAAGCUGGACGACACGACAGCGGCAGGCUCAGCUAAAGGUGCUGUCAAGGUCACGAAUGCGUUCGACAUGUUUCUGCAAGGACAGGAGAUCCUCUCUGGUGGGCAGCGCAUCAACCAUCCGGACGAGCUGGAGGCCCGCAUCAGGGCUAAAGGUAUUGAUCCCGCGAGUCCUGGUAUCGAUGGUUAUGUUCAGGUGUUCCGCCAGGUUGGUGUGCCGCCCCAUGGCGGUGGCGGUAUUGGCCUUGACCGCAUCGUUGCGUGGUACCUGGGCCUCCCGAGCGUUCACCUCGCGGCUUACUAUCCGAGGACUCCGCGAAGACUGUUGCCAUGA